AAGACGUCCGAUGCCGUCGCUGCGCGCUUGGAUCUGAGCCACUUGCACCAUGCUACAUGCGGCGCCGAGCCCAUCCGCGGUGACUACCUCAAGCUUUUCGCCAAAAAGUUUUACGCCGCAGGCUUUCGCCCGCACCAAUUCAACUGCGCGUAUGGUGGCGCCGAGCCGACGCUGGUCAUCUGCGGGUACCCCGAUCCGAACCGCGGUGCGCCACGGAGCCUCCUCGUCGACAAGACGAUUAUCGAAACGAAGGGCAAAGUUCAGCUCCUCCGCGCCGACGACCCGCGACGGGCGUCGGGCACCGGGACACUGCUCUUCAUCGCGUGUGGUCGUCCUGGACACACGUACGACCUCCGGAUUGUCGAUACCAAGUCCCGCACCGCACUGCCCGACGGCUACGUCGGCGAGAUCUGGGUCCACGGCGACAGCAUCGCCGAAGGCUACUGGCAGCAGUGGGACCUCACGCGCCGCCGCUUCCAAGCAACGCUCGCGAAUGAUGCCUCUGGGAGACACUAUUGGCGGUCGACCGACCUCGGCUUCAUGCACAAGGGCGAGCUCUUCUACUACGCCCGGCUCCAAGACCUCGUGCACGUGGACGGCCGCUGCAUUUGUCCGCAGACGAUUGAAGGCAGCGUCGAGGCCGCGUCGACGCAGAUUCGACCAGGGUGUGCGGCCGUGUACAGCACCAUUGCUGACGCGGACGGCCGCUCGUCGUCGGUCGUCGUCGUCGCCGAGCUCCGCGAGCAGCUCAAGAAGGGCAGCGACUCGACAUUGGCCAGCAUCUGCAAGGACAUUUGCAAGCGCGUUGCGAAGGAGCAGUCGGUCGAGGUCGCGCGCAUCGUCUUGCUCAAGCCAAAGACGAUUCCGAAAACCACCUCUGGGAAGCUCCAGCGGACGCGCAUCCAGCACAUGGUCGAGCAAAGCACGCUUCAGACGCAGUACAUUUACAACCCUAAUGCAUAG